AUGCAAAACACGCAACUUCUCUCGAAUGAAGAUGCACUCUCUGGCAACGUUGUGGCAGCGCAGCUUCAGCCGGAGGCCCUUCGCGAGGUCGAAGCUUUCUGGGUCGACAACAGCGAGCUGAAGUCCGAAAGCCGCGGGAUUGCUUACCGCCGUAGCAUGAGCCUGUCAGACAAGGAGCCGAAGAAAAUUGCCGAGUUCAACACCGUGGUUCGUGGGAUUCCGCACGAGCACUCAGCGUGGCUUCAGGUAGACGGCUUCUUCUUGCCGAUGAGGGUAGGGGGAAAGGAUGUGCUCAGGAAAGUAUGGUGGUCCCGAGCAGAUGUCGAAGACCACAUGGCUAUCGGACCGUCCGCUGAUGCGGCGGCUGAGGAAUUCCAGCGACACCGCAAGCUGGUUGAAGAAGAGGUGUGGGGGCGGGGGAACACGCAGGAGACAAGCCUGCUGGAGGCCGUGGCCAAGAGUCCCGAAAGCCCGGCCUUAGCUCGACCGUUGGUGGCGGGCACGGGUUGUUGGUACGAGGUGGUUUGUGAAAGGCUUGUCAUCCGUACGGCUCCCAGCCUAGAAGCACCCAUGCAGGGCACCCGGCGGCGUGGUCAGAAGUUGGAAGUCUUCGACUGGGAUGCUUCGAGGACGUGGAGAAGGAUUUCUACCGGCUUGGGGCCUGCUUGGGUUCUGCUGGAUUCUGAGACAGGCCCUGUCCUCCGGCCAAAGGAUGUUCCAUUCUCGCAGCAGCCUUUGCAUCCUCUUUGCCAAGCAGCAAGGGAAGGAAGCCUUCCGGACAUCCAGCGCUUUCUGUCCGAAGGGCUUUCAGUGAACGCACGCGACGUCGACGGACACACGCCGUUGAUGCUCGCCGCCCAAAACUUUGGUUGGGAAGGCUUUGUUGCAUGCGUACUACUUCUUGAGGCUGAUGCUGACCCGAACCUGAGUCUACUUCGUACAGAUGAAGCGGCGCAACGUGAGAAGCUGGUCCGGCUUGAGCGAGAGAAGCGUGCUGCCGCUGAGCGUGAGGAUUUCGUGAAGGCUGCCAGCAUCAAGACCGAGAUCGAGGUCUUAAAGAAAGACCUGCAGGAGCCCGGCAGCACUGCGCUUGCCCUUGCCGGUGAUACAGCUGCCGCAGAACUGUUGAAGAUGAUGUCAACGGGAAGUCUAUUCUGUGACACGCAGAAGUUGCACGCAGUCUAUGAUGAAAUACGAGGUCUGCCAGGCUCUGCAUGUAAGGGAAUACCUGGCAGGGUUGAAGCGCUGGUUCGCCUCGCGGAGUCCAAAGUCGACUCAAAGCCGCAGCCUGCGAAGCACAGUGAAGCCAUGGAGGCCUUGAUCGAGGAGCCUGCAAAAGCAACCGCUCAGCCUACCGAGCCUAUUGAGCCUGCUCAGCCUGCUCAGCCUGCUGAGCCUGCUGAGCCUUCUGUCACCGUGCCACAAGACACCACCUUGGUGGAGUCCUUGGAUGAAGAUGACCUUCCAGUGCUUGACACAGAGGUCGAGGAGCAGUCACGCGGUGUCGUCUAUCGGGUUGUGCACGACAAGGCUGUGGUGUAUGAAGAGCCCUCGCUGUCUGCAGACGUCUUAGGCCAGCUGAAAAGGAAUCAGUUGGUGGAAGUGUUCGACUAUGACCGUUCCAGGUCAUUCGGUCGCGUAGAAGUCUGCCAUCGAACCACCCGAUUUCGAGAGAAGGGCUGGGUUCUGUUCCAGGAUGAGAUAGCCGGCGACCUGCUGAAAGCGUUUCGUCGGUAG